CUGCCUAGUGCUUUUAUUUAAUUCUUCUAUCUGCGGGUGCGUUACAUGAAAAAGAGAAGCCGCGGAAGAAUGCCUUGAAAACGAGCGCUCUCCUCCUCGAGACAGAGGACGAUGGCUCAACUCAAUCUAUACUGUGCAGAGAAUGGUUGGGACGAAGAAGACAACUCCCAAGAGGAGAGCUUCUCUUUGUGCAGCCCUGCUCCGCUUCUUCAAAAUCUCUUGAACGAACAGCUCUCGCAGGAGCGCGACGAGUUGGUUUCCUUGGCAUCGAAGGAGAAAUCCCAGAAACGGCUGCGCCUGGACUACAUUGAAUCUCUAAGAAACGAUAAUCUAUUCGCGUCUACUCGUAAGGAAGCAGUCGAAUGGAUCCUCUCUGUGAUUGCCCACUACAGUUUCACGACGCACACCGCAGUUCUCUCUGUCAACUUUCUCGAUCGGUUUCUCUCUACUCUGCAGUUUCAGGGAGAGAAGCCAUGGAUGACACAGUUGGCUGCUGUGGCUUGCCUCUCUUUGGGUGCCAAGGUGGAAGAAACACAAGUCCCUUUUCUUCUAGACCUGCAGGUGGAAGAAACGAAGUAUGUGUUUGAGGCCAAAACCAUUCAGAGAAUGGAGCUCCUGGUUCUCUCAGCUUUAGAAUGGAAGAUGCACCCUGUCACCCCUCUUUCAUUUAUCUAUUAUGUGGUUAGGAAGUUGGGGUUGAGCAAUCAUCAGCGUUGGGAGUUCUUUAUCAGAUGCGAGCAGCUACUGCUCUCCCUAAUCAGAGAUUACAGAUUUGUGCAUUACGCGCCAGCAAUUAUAGCGUCAUCUAUCAUGCUCUCUGUGAUCAGUCAACUGGAGUCUUCCAACCCGACAGAAUAUGAGAACCAACUUCUUGGUGUCAUGGAGAUUAGCAUGCAGGAAGAGGUGAGAGAAUGCCUUCAACUCAUCAAGGAUUCGGCGGUAUUGGGACAUAUUAGAGGACAGAAACGGAAGCUCCCUUCUCUACCCGGCAGCCCGAGGGGAGUUUUUGAUGCAUAUUUCAACUCUGAUAGCACCAACGAUUCGUGGGCAUCGUCAUCUUCUUCCUCAUUGCCGGAGGAUCUACCGGAGAAGGCAGCAAAGAAAGGCAGGAUGGACGAUCCCCAACUUCACACUUCUCCUUUCAGCCAAGUCAUUGUCGACGUGUUCGGAGCCCAUAACCAAUAAAAAGGAAGAAAAAUGGCUCCGUGUUCCCCAGCACGCUGCUUCUCCUGUCCAUCCCUGUAAUUUCAAGUGGAGAAGCAAAAAAAUUUGUUUCUUCCCUAUAUACAUAACCUUGACUAUAAAUGUUUACAAUCUUUUUUCCCUCAUUUGGUUUGCAAGCCUGUGCAUUUUACAAAUAAAUAAACAAACAGCUAUAUAUGUAUA